ACCACCCGCCCUCACCACGAGAACGCCGUGUUCUCAUUAAGAAGAAAGGAGAAAGGAAAAAGAAAAGAAAAAGGAGGAGAUUUCCAUCAUACCCGACGUUGUAAUGCACCGCAAUCCCACCGCUCCGCCACGCCUCUCACACUCACCAUGCCUCCCCGCGCACCCGCCCCGCGCCUUACACACUUCCUCUGCCUCCCGCUCCUCACCACGACCUCGCGGCCCCAACUACAAAGCAGUCUGAGCGCCUUCCGCGCGGACCUGGGCGGGAUCCCCGAGGCGGCCGUGCGGCCCGUCGGGACGCUGCAUCUCACGCUCGGCGUGAUGAGCCUGCUGACGGCAGAGCGCGUCGAGCAGGCGCUGGCGCUCCUGCGCUCGCUGAACCUGCGGGAGAUGCUGGAGGAGCGGAUAGCUGGAGGAGGAGAGGCGAUGGCGAUGGCGAGAUCUGGGACCCCGCUGAGAGUCACGCUCAGGGGCCUGGAGAGUAUGCAGAACCCCGACAAGACGUCGGUGUUGUACGCGGCGCCCGUGGAUGGCGAUCUUAGAUUGCAGAGGUUCUGUGGUAGGCUUAAGGAGGCGUUCAGUGCGGCCGAGUUGUUGGUCCCGGAUACGCGGCCGCUGCUGCUGCACGCGACGAUUGUGAAUACGGUCUAUGUGGCGGGGAGAGGGAGGAGUAAAGGCAGGUUGACUAUUGAUGCGAGGGAGGUGUUGGAGAGGUUUGAGGAACAUGAGUGGAUGUCGGAUGUGAGGCUGGAGAAUGUGGCGAUUUGUAGGAUGGGCGCGAGGAAGUUGGACGAUGGGGAUGAGGAGUAUGUCGUUGAGGGACAGGUGGAGCUUCCUUGAUAUAUCAUGGAGGGGAUUUGCGACGAAAACUAGGCGCUUUGGCUAGAAAAUCCUUCUACGGGGUCUUCAGCCUUGGGACUGAAGAUGUCAGGCUAAAGUAGGUAGCCUCUUGAGGGAGAAACUCGUGAGGAAGACGGGGAGGAAUCCCCCUUGCCUGAAAAUCAGAUCAAGUGUAUUACUGAGGGAUGUGUAGGGUUUAGGUAGCAGAGGGUCACGAUGCGCAGCACAAGAUAGGUAGUCAUCACAAGCCCCAGUUCGGGCAUCUCGCAUUGGUUUCCUGAUUCUAGAUAGAUCAGGGACAAAAGAAAAGGAAGAGCAGCAGUCCACCAUCACUUUCGCUCAUCAAGCCGCUCUAUCAACCUUGAGAGAGCCCGAGCCGUGCCAGAGAAAAAGAGAUCGA